AUGCCUGAUAUCUCUGAUCCUAAUAGAACACACAUGAGAGUUGAGGACCUCGUGCAGAAUCCUUCUAGUAAAGAACGAACUCCGAGUACGGGGCCGGAUAUCAUCACGGCGGAUUCGAGGGGUGAUACUUCGCCGAGGAGUUCAAAGUCGCAUAGUGAGGAGCCGCAAUCGUCGCUUGUGAAGGAUAACUCUGGGCAUGAGCACUAUAUCGGACCUUCAGGGACUCUCAACUUCUGGAAUCAACUUCGGAAUCUUGUUGACUCUAAUAAUAGCCCUUAUCCGUCUCCUGGCCGUGAAGGAGUCACUAAGUUUACGCAGGAUAACACAAGUCGGCUUCUGGAAGCUGAUGGGCAAGACGAAGAGGACCAACCACCACGGACUGCAGCAACACCUCAAGAUGGACCAUCCCCUGGAUCCAUCACCUCAGCUGUCGCACGAGACUUUACCCGUCUUCCCACAGCAGAUAUGGAUGAAAUUCUUGGCCAAUUUCCCUCGAACGAAGUCCUUGAUCUACUUAUUCAGUCAUACUUCAAAAAUGUUCACGACGACUUUCCUCUCUUUCACAGAGCUACCUUUGAGGAAGAAUACGAGAGUUUCAUCGUCGAAGCCCGCAGCACUUCUCGACUUCCCUCAAGACCACUUCGGUUACCGGACUGGGGAUGGAUAGGCUGUCUUCAUAUGAUUGUGGUAUUUGGCUCUAUCGCUGAUAGGUCAAUACCCAACGUCGAUCAUUCUGCUCUCCGGCGGAGAUCUAUUGCAGUCGCUAGAGGGCUACUUCCUCAGUUCAUUUCGAAGUGUUCACUUACGAAUGUUCGAGUUUUGUUACUUCUUUCAUUGUUUUUGCACAACAAUAAUGAAAGAAAUGCUGCGUGGAACAUUGCCGGAACAGCAACUCGGAUCUCCUUCGCUCUUGGUCUUCAUCGCUCCGACAUGAGUGCCUCCUUCAGACCUUUGGAACGAGAAGUUCGGAAAUGGGUCUUUUGCACACUCUACUCUUUUGAACAAUUCCUUGCUUCGAGUCUCGGUCGACCCAGUGGUCUUCAAGAACUCGACGUCGAAGUUGUUCCACCACGAGAAGGGUUUGUUGAAGGAGGUAUAGGUACCGAUGCAAGACUCGUAUCAUGGUCUGUCAAGCUUCAAGCAAUUCUCGCGCGAACAAGACUCUUACAUGUUGGUAUAAGUCAAAAUUCAGGUCCGACGCUUGAUGAGAUAUUGAACGCACUGAAUGGUUGGAAGAGGGAUAUUGGGAAAGCACCUGGUCUCGAUGUUGCGUGGAUCAAAAUGGAGGGACCGGCUCUGGAAUCCAUUGAUCACGAAGGGGCUGUUGAUAUGGAGCAACUGAAAGUAUCGUUGGCAUGGAAGACACGGGCUCAGCUUCGCGCCGUGUUGCUUCUGCAUAUUCACUUCCACUACAUCGCCAUCGUGGCUACACGCCCACUUCUGCUUCGCGACGUUGCAGCCGCACGAAAAGAAGACGCACCAAAAACACCGGUUCCUACACAUGCAGCUCUAUGUGUCAAGCAUGCGUGUCAACUGAGUUACCUGAUGAUACUCUUAGACCACUUUGAUGUCAUCAACGGUCUUUCCGGUCUUGAUAUAUUUUACGCCUACUGCUCUGCCAUGAUCCUCAUCCUACGGUUAUUACGAUUACGCCCUGGCGAAGGCGCAGAAAGUAUAGGACCAGAUGAAGUAAUGCUCCAGAGCAAAGUCCGGCGCCUCGUCGCCACCUUGCGAAACGUCAUCAACCACACGGAUAAAUGCGGCUCAAUGAAGCGACUAGCUCAAGUGGUCGAUACAUUUUCAGAGUGUGCCAACAAUCCGACUGAUCCUCCGGGUAUAGCGAAUUUACCCCCGCAGGGGAUCAACAUGAACAAUAUGCCGUAUCCCGCUGGUUGGUCAGCUGAACAAGUGCAGGGCCAAGGGGUUGCACUUGGAUCGAUGGAGGGAUUGUUGGACUUUUUGCCGUUUCCGGGGUUUGGGAUGGCGGAGGGAUCUUUGGCGCAGUAUGUGCCGGGGAGUGAGAUGGAGAUGACGGGGUGGCAUGACAUGGAGUUUUUGAUGGAGGGGUAUGGGGAUCAGAGUAGGACGAAUUAUUAG